AUGACUCGCUAUCUGACCCCCUGGCGGAUCGCUCUGCUAUGUCUCGUUCACAUCUACACAGACGGGGUCGUCCCUAACUCGUCCGCCAUCCAUAUUUUGCAGUUCAUGACCGCUGGACUGUUCCCUUUAGAUCCCACCGAUAAGGAGUGGGACAAACAUUACCUGCCCGGCAUCAAAGGAUUCGAGGAGCUACUUUCAAAGCAUGAGUCAUCCGUCCCUGGCCGCACGCUCUGGGAUUUAUUCCUCAAAGAAAUCUGGCACAUCAAUUCGCUGGAUGCGCUGGAUACGUUUAUGAGUGAAACCAUGCCGUCCUUGUUGAUGAAGACGCGUGAGCAACUGAUCCAGGAACGAGACAGUGGUCUGGCACCGCCUCGGGAUGAGGGUAUCAAGCUGGCGAGGACUGCACCGAUGGGCAAAUUUGUCCGCAAGACUCAGAUGGAAUACACCCGGCUGCAGUUCUCUGACUCGGUGAAUCUGUGGAAUGAAUUCGUCAAGUAUCGUUUGCCGACGUACCACAUGUGGGCACGCAAGAAUGCGGCUGAACAGUCUCCCAUUGAUACCAACCUUGACGCAUUUGGCCUGGAUACCAACAGCGACCUUUCUCGGGUGGUGUAUGGGCGUGUCGAGGAGGAAGAGGUCGAGGAUGGCAAGAUCAGCGUCAAGGACGCUGAGCGCCUAGUGGAAUUCCAGGUGGAGGAACUUCAACGACUGGGAGGAAGAGUUCCAGAGAGCAUGCGGAAUCAGCUGAGGAAGAUCUUGACGGCCGAGUCAUCUUCUCCCAAUUUGGUGCACUACUUGGAAUAUCUCGACUCUUGGCGCGCGGGUGACUACACAUCGGCCUUUGAUUCUCUCCACCGCUACUUCGACUACACCAUGCACAGCACUGUCGACCGAAGCGCCUACCAGUUUGCACUUCUCAACCUGGCGAUCAUCCAAGCUGACUUUGAAUGCUAUAAGGAGGCCAUCUCUGCUGUACAGGAAGCCGUCGCGAUUGCCCGUGAAUCUCAGGACAUGCCUUGUCUGAACUUCUGCAUGAGCUGGCUGUAUCAUUUCGGGAAGGCUUUCCCCGAGCAUAUGCGAGAGGUGCGAAACAGUGGCAUGCUGGGUAACGAAAAGGAAGGACUUGCGUUCCUCAAGGCCAAGGCGAAGGAGACCGACUCGUGGGCACUCUUGAGUACCACGAUGGUAAGCGAAGCAAAGCUAGACAUGCAGCAGGGAGAGAGUCUUCCCUCUAUCAUCGAAUCACUCGUGAAAGCCGCUCAUGUCAACCUGACCAAAGGCCUAACCACUGCGAUGGGCCCGCACAUGCAGCUGCAGAGCACGCUGUACUCCCGAAUUGGCGCUACUCACCUUGCCUGGCUGACUUCCGAGAUGUUCUUGCAUUGCUACGGGGACAAAUGCACAAACGAUGACUUUGUCAGGAUGACGUUCAAAAACUCCCAAAUUCUCGCACAGAAAGGCAACUACAAGCAAGCCCUUGCGCGGAUGAACAAGGUUGAUCCAGAAAGGCUCCGAUCCUUCAAGACCAACCAUGAAUGGUCCUACUACUCUGGCCUUAUCCAGUUGCGCCGACAGAUCUGCCGUGAUGAUAAGGAAGCAGUUGAGCACCUUACCUCGCAACUCCAAAGCGUGCAGCUAGUCGACUUCGACAUGCGCAUUCAACUCGCAUUUCACACCAUCGAAAACACCAUCCGACAGGGUGACUACGGCCGCGCCUUGCGCAUGGUCGAACAAGCUGCCCACUCCAUGCAACCCGAAAACUUCGACGUCCACACACAAAUCAAACUCCUCAACCUCAAAGCACGCAUCCUCGAAAAAUCCGGCCACGCCGAACGUGGCUUCUCCCUCGCUAUGCGCGCAGCUCACAUCGCCUACCGCGCUAAGGUCCUCCUCGACCUCUGGGAAUCCAUCUGCUCGCUCGCCGCGGUCCUCAUCAACAUGCGCGAAUUCGAAGCCGCAAUCGAACUCAUCGAAAGCAUCAUGCCGCAGACCCUUGAAACGGAAGAUAGUGCCUUGAUUGCGCGCGCAUACUCUCUCCUCGUCGAUGGCAACAUGGGAAAGGCGGGCGAUUUGUGGACUACACAUGGUCCCGAGAGUAAACAUGCGCAGAAGGAGUACAUCAACCGGGCCCUGGGUUACAUUGACUCUGCGUAUGAAGCUUACGAGGAGAUUGAGGAUCACUUGGGUCAGAGGGAGAUGAUGGCAAAGAAGGCUACUGUCAUGCACCUGACUGGCGACCUGGUUCUUGCAAAUGAUUACGCGGCGAAGUAUCUGGAUCUCAGACGCCGUCGCGGAGCGGAGACUUGA